AUGUGGUGGCUCCGGCUGGCGGUCAUCUCGACUGCGGCCGUAAGCCAUGGUUGGUGGGCUGGCCCGGAAGGGCCGCCGGAGGUGGAGCCCUUGGAGGAGCAGGCUGGUUGGCGGCAGCAUCUUCGGGAGUGGUUCCCGGGUGCUGAGCGAAGGCUCAAUGCCACGGAAGAGUGGCUCGCUAGCCUGGCGAGCUGGGGUCGGGAGUUGGAAGGAGCCUCGACCUGGGGAAGCUGGGAUGUGGCGCUGUGGAUGGUCGUGGACACCCUCUUCGGCAUGAUCGGGUGGGCACUUUUCGGCAGCGCUUGGACUAAGGUUCGGACCGGAUGCCGCCGGCUCCUCCAGGUUCUGGUGGUGCUGGGGCUCUGCCUGGUAGCUCACUAUGUGUGGGCCGUGUGCUACCCCAUUGUGUCGCUCUUGAUCGGGGCCUGCAUGGCGAUGGCAUGGCUACUUCGCAAAGUCCUACGAGGAGUUGGGGCCUUUGCGUUCUGGUUUCAAAAAGUUACAGGAGGCUCUCCAGAAGCCUCUGAAGCAGAGUUCUUGGGCCCUGCCACGGGACGGACACCUGAAACCUCCCAGCCUCGAGCAUUCAAGAGGUCCGGUGAACAGCCCAAGUACAUGGUGGUGAAGAGAGGGGAAGAUGCUGCUGUCUUCGCCAUCGGCAUGGACUCCCAGUCCAUCAAGACCCACGGCCUCUAUGUCCCUGUGGAGUGCAACACGAUUCGCGGAUCUCCGGCUUUGGUGAGGCGGCUGCGGGACGUCGAGAAGGUGCACCUAUGCCGAAACGAGGCCUGCACCGAAGAGGGAGGGGAGCACUUCGUCAUGUACGGGUUAGUUCGAAAGAAUGACCCGGAAAGAUUCCAGAUGACCCAAGCUCGAGAGGGUGCGCGCAAGGUGACCCACGACUUCUGGGCCUGGGUGAAAGGGUCCCCGUUGACCGAAGGCACCUCACAGUUGAUGCAUCGCCUUCGGGAAUUGGGUUCCGAAUCGGAGCAAGAGGAGGAGCACCUUGUUUGCUGUGGCAGCCUGGUCACAUGGCGGGGCCCUGAUGGAACUAUGCAGUGCCUGGCCAAUCGGCCGUGCAGUGUGCGUGCUCAGCAUUUUGGGCAACUCCUCCAGGAUGAUGUCCCCACUCAGUGCGGGGCUGUUGCAUUGUGCGGGGAUCAUGCUACUCAAUACCUGACCCGACGGUAUCCCGACAAGUGCAGUGUGACCUUUUGCAGAAGGUUUGGCAACAAGCUGCAGCAUGGAGUGGUGUGGUGUUCAGAACAUGAACCUUCAAGCCUGACACCGACGAGACCCUCUUCUACCUCAGCGCGUCGAUCCAGGUCGAGGUCACGUACACGAGCGGCGGAGGACAUCGACGAGGAGGAGAACGAUGAUGAGGAGAACGGGGUCAACAACGAGGAGGCGCACGGUGACGAGGAUAGGCAUGGUCGUGCGAGAAAGCUGUUGGGAAGGGCUCGCGAAUGUGAGGAGCCCGAGAGCAAAGAGAGAACGCCACGUCGGAGGGGAACAACACGCUCACCUGGACAUACUCCGAAAGGAUCAAGCAUCAGUCGAAAUCUAUCCCGCAUGGGGAUGCUCGAGUCGCCAGGUUCGGAAGGUGCCGGCAGCUUGCUGGAAGAGUUCUUUGAGAUCUUUGCAGCCGGGAAGGCUGAUGGACUCCGUGAAGACCAAGCGCGUAAAAAGCUGGGAGCUGACCGCCUGCUACUACCCGGUGAUCUUCUUCGGCAACUGGUUGGGGAGGCGGAGAAUGAGCAGGCGCAAGGACAGAGAGGGCUGUCACGUUUCUUGACCACGUGGCGGAAGGAGCUGGCUAGGUUGGGAAGGCCUCACGGAGAAGGGGAGGGAUGUAGCGACUGGAGUAUGGUGGAAGGUGGCAGUCAAGCCGCGUCUCCUGGGGAUACUCCGGAGAAGGAUGGGGAUAGAGCUACAUCGCUGCCUUUAGCUUCGUCUUUGAGGACCUCGGCAUCCAGGACGAGACCUACGUCUGAGCCUGCACCUCCCCCUGGUCUGGCAGAACGGGGACAGCAGAUGCCUCAGGUGGAAGAGAAGCGAGGUGAUGGGCUACGAGUGGCACCCCCGGGGAUCUAUCGCCCUGACACCAGGGCCGGAGCCAGGACCGACAGUGGAACUACUGCAGAACCCGUUGUCCAAAUUGCCAAAGCGAUCCAACAUCAAACAGCAGAAUUGGCUUCUUUGGUUCGCCAACAAACCGAAGGAGCAGGAGGUCAGGUCCCCGGUACAAUCCGUGGGCUCAACAAACAAUCAGAAGAACUGGUCUUCUUGCUUCGGGCGUGUGGCCAGUAUCAAGUGCGUGUUGGUGCGGAAGAGCACGGUCAGGCACUAGCAAACUCAUUGCUGUCCGCUCAGAUAGGAGCCUCGACCAAGCUUCGAGCAGCAGGCUUCCGCCAAAGGAUGUCAACCCGGCUGGCAGUGGGAAUUGCAGGGCCGUACUGGGGCAUUCAGGAGAAGUAUGGCCUGAGCGCUGCGGACUUCCUUGCCUACACGGACGCUGAGCUCGACCAGUUUGCGUCUGAGGCCAAGGUGAUGAAGAACACCGACCAAAGACCUCCUCCUCCGUCCAGGUUUGAUGAGUGGACCGCCCGAGUACGACGCCAGACAGAUGUGUGGUGCCUGGUUUAUGGGGAGGAAUGGAGAGCCGUACGGAACAACGCCCUCAACCUCUUGUCGGAGUGGCAUCUGUCCCAUCCUCACAGGUGGCCGCUGGCCAUAGUCAUCGACAUCUGGGAGGAGAUUCACUGGCGAUUUCUGGAGGAGCUCAAGGACGUGCUUCGGAGCCUCAAGAAGGAGAUUGGCAGGGAGACGAUCAGCCUUACCGAGCUCAAGUUCCAUGCGCUACUUCCGGGACCAGAUGGACAGGCAUGGCUGGUGAUGCCCACGACCUUCGACAUUGAGAAGCCCGACUCGUGGUUCCAGACCGAGGUCCUCCCAAGGAUCGAGAGGAAGCAGGACCGCCUCUUGUGGAAUCUCACUUGGCAGGGCGGGGCACGGAAGGAUCGCAACCCGGCAGCACCGGCAGGAGGAGCAGGGGAGAGUGCAGGAAGCUUGAGCUCGCAGUCCAAGCCCACUCUCAAGUCGUUGUGGGGGCCCAAGUUGACUCCGGAGGAGGUCGGAAUGGCCAAAGAUCGGGCCCCUCUGGACCACCACGGCAAGUUGCUCUGCUGGGGAAACCUGUGCCACAUUGGCUGCCAGACGACAGGUUGUCAGCGCUCCCAUGAAGGACUUCGCCUGGCUCACUUUUAG